CGUCAGCAGCCAACAGCCGUCCAUGCCAGCAAGUGUUAACCCCCACGUUGGUCUUCUGCUUUAUUGUCUAAUUCGCUGCUUUUGUCCAUCUUAUCGUUGGGAAGGGAAGAACAUAUAUCAUAGUUAGAAAGCAAGAAAUAACCCGCCACCAUGUUCCUCACCCUCGCCCUGCUGCGGAAAGGCAUCCCCGGGAAGCAGUGGAUCGGAAAGUACCGUCGCCCGCGACAGAUCACGUGGCAGAUGAAGCGCAACACGCUGAAGCACCUGGAGCGCGAGGCGGAGAACGAGUACUGGAUCAGCCGGCCGUACAUGACCGGCGAGCAGGAGUACUGUCACGCCGUCGAGCGCAGAGCCCGGAACUGGCUCAACAUCAAGGAGGCCAAGUUCGCCAAAUUUCCCGAACACAAGAACAUCACAGAUCACCUGAGUCAUCUGAACGUCACCAAGACGUGGUCGAGUUAACGGCCUCAUACGUGGACCGUCUUCAUACGUGGACAACGUCACGUCACGUUUAUUUGAGAAAACAAAUCUGAUCUGUUUGUUUGUUGUACUGAAUAUAAACUGAAUGCUCUUCUGA